CCACGCAGAUGUCAGCCAGAAAAGCAACCGCUCGUUAUUUCGCGAGGGCCGUCAGUUGAUCGAAUUGUCGUAAACCGAAAACAUGUUAUUGUGUUUUUACCAAAUCGUACAUAAUAUUAAAUGUCAAGUGUUGUGCGUAAAUUCGAAAAGUACUCUGAACUGUUUACCGUCUUGAUCAAGUGUUAAAUUAGCAAUAUUAUUUAGUCAAUUUGCCAAUUAUUUUUGACCAUGCCUAAGGGGAAAAAGAAAGGAAAAUCUGACCGGUCUCGCGUCGACGGCUCGCUCCAAACGUCGGACGACGAUUCCUUCGAGAACGCGAGCGUCAUGAGCAAUUACUCGGAAAAUCACAGCGUCGACGAGAACAACGACGGCGCCGACGACUACGUCCCGGACCAGCAGCACGAGGACAAACUGAACGACAUCGUUGACGGACUGAUGCAAAAGUCGUCCCAGGGCCGAACCAAUUGCUAUACCAUGCUGCGGAACGCGCUUAUCAAGAAGCACGCGCCCGCGUUCGUCAAAGAUCGCCUGUUUACAUUGUGCGACUGCGUCGAGAAGAGCCUGAAGAAGGGCAUCGCCGCGGAGGUGACGGAAGCGGCCGAAUUGGCGACCGUUAUGGCCGUCCAAUUGGGCGUCGACGAAUCGGCCGACGGCGUCUGGCAAUCGUUGCGACCGAUCCUCUUGGCGAUCGCCUGCGACAAGGCGGCCACGCCCCUCGUUCGCGCCAAGUGCUGCGCUACGCUCGGCAACAUCGCCUUCUUGACCGACGUCGAGGUGGGCGAAAUACUGACGCUGAUGCAGCAGUUGGAGGCGAUAUUCGCCGGCAGUUACCUGAAAGGCGACGGCAUCGCCCCCAACGUGACGACGGAGGUGGCGCAGCUCCACGCCGCCGCGCUGAGCAGCUGGUCGCUGCUGUUUACGCUGAUGGCACCCGGCAACAUCGCCACCAUGAUGAAUAAUUCCAAGGUUUUGCCGACCCUGGAGCACUUGUCGGAACUGCUCGAGUCGAGCCACCUGGAGUUGAGAUUGUCGGCGGGCGAGGCGCUCGUGCUAGUCUUCGAGCUCGGUCGCGAAGAGGACAAAGACUUCGCCGAGGACUUUGCACUGGACAUCGCGGAAACGUUGAGGCAGCUCGCGACCGAUUCGCACAAGUACCGCGCGAAAAAGGAUCGAAAGCAGCAGAGGGCCACUUUCAGGGAGGUGUUGCAGUAUAUCGAGAAUGACACGGCUUCGGACGUGCAGAUAAAGAUCGGCAGGAGGGUGUUGCCUCUAAAUUCGUGGGUCAAACGGAAACACUACGACACGCUGUGCAACAUCUUGGGACCGAGUAUCAAUAUCCACCUGUUAGAGAACGACCUAUUGAAGGAUAUCUUGGAAAUCGAGCCGGUCGAGGAAAGCAGGAUCCUGGCCCACACGCAAAACCAAAUCGAUAGGGCCAAGCGAAAGGUGCUGAACGCGGCCAACUUCAAAGCGAGGACAAUUUCGAGGGCUAAAAACCGAGACAAACGGUCGGAUUUUUAAAUUAAUUUAUUUGUUACAUGCGUGUCAGAUAGUAAAAUUUUUAGUUAA